AAUGGAGGUACCUCUGUACCGCGGUUCCUUAGCCUGUUUUGCAUAACCCGGCCCUGUCCUCUCUUCCCAGAUCCCAUCCCCUUUCCUUGCUUCAUCGUCACCCUCGACAGGCGGAUUUCGUUGCUUGGAGACGGCCAGCGUAUGAGUGCCUUCAUCCGCCACCCCCCGUCCGCAUCGACAGGCCUGUCCUCGAUUCGUCGCCGUCUCACGUCUGGAGGGUCGGUUCAGGCGCCGUGGCGCCCGCCCUUCGUCUUCUCCCUUUCCCUGGAUUCCUGGGCUUCGCUGCCGCUGGCUUGUGGCGGUUGUUUUGCUUCGUUUUGGUUUUCUCACUCUCUUUCCUCCCUCUCUGCACCCUAUUCGGCAGGCCAAUCGACACCAGGUGUGGUUGAUGGACUUGCGGUAGUUCCCUUCGUUCCUUUCUUCCUGUUCUCCUUCAUCCUUCCCUUCCCUACGUGCUUUAAUUUUAGGGACUUUGACAGUUCCAGUUCUAUUCUCUCCUGCUUGAGACAUUUGUCAAUUUACUUGGGAAUCUCUUUCAGCCCGUCCGCUCGCUCCGCCGUCUGCUUAUUUCCUGAAUCUGGGCUGGUCCUCCGUAAACACAAUCUAUUAUUUACGCGGCAAGACAAAUCCCUACGCCGGUUCCACGCUGCAGGUACCAGAGAGUGCUUGUCAAUUCCCCGAGGGACCGAAAUCGAUUUGUCGAGAGCUGCCGUAUCCGAAACCUAGACCACAUACCAUCGAGGUGACAGACGCGUUAUUCGUCACCAACCAAUUUCCCCCUUAUCGUCGACGCGAUUCUCUUGUGUCCUGUUUAGAUAUCCUCCUACUUGGUCGGCCUGUAUUCGACCGCUGGGCUUUAACCUAGAG